GCUGUGACAGAAGGUCAGGUUUUGGGGUGACAGUGACAGGUAUUCCUACCCAUUUACCCUUACCUUUCUGCACUGUGAAACUUUCACUUGUAGAAAUCUUGGGGCCUCACAAGAACCAACCAUUUCAGUGGCUGGGGCAAGGCAUAUCUGAAAGAGAGGCCUGGCUUGGGGUGACGGCUGAGUGUAGCUGAGGGAUGGAGGUAGGCAACGGGGUGUGUCAGAGGUAUCUUCGGACAUGGAAGUUCAGGGCUGCAAAGUGAAAGCUUAGCCAGGCUAGAGGUUCACGGGGAUGACGCAGAGGCUAGAGACAGAAGGCAACUGACAGAGGGACCUUGAGGGGGCUGAGGACCUAACUGGAGAUGGCAACAGAGGCCAUGGGGAGCCAGGAAGGUAGGACGGCUCAUCGGGAGCAAUCAGACCCACUGGGGAGGUCAGCCCGGCCAAGCCCGGGGCAGGCCAGGAACAAAUCAGGGCUGCAGGUUCCUAGUGGAGCGAUCCAGCUGGGGGAGAAAGCCCCCCGGCUCUCCCCCUGUGCCUCUUCAGACUCCCGUUUUCAUUUGGGGGAGAGGGUGAGGCAGCUCCCCAUUGCGGUCACAGCCACAUCCUGCAGAGCAGGGGAGGGGGAAGUAAGACGCAAACAAGCAGAAGCACUGGGGAGGACCAUGGUGAGAGGGCCCUGGACUUAGCCCAGGCUACGCCGCCAGGAGGCCCUCGGCUCAGACCCCACUGCGGCUGCCCAGCCUUCCCCAGCGGGCCGCGACCUCAUCGGCACCACUCCUGGAAGCUGUGGCCUCUUCUGGUCACUGACCACACACCCACCCCAGUGCCAUGGAGUCCUUCAGCUCCAAGAGCCUGGCACUGCAGGCCGAGAAGAAGCUGCUGAGUAAGAUGGCCGGCCGGUCCGUGGCUCACCUCUUCAUCGACGAGACCAGCAGCGAGGUGCUGGACGAGCUGUACCGUGUGUCCAAAGACUACACGCACAGCCGGCCCACGGCACAGCGGGUCAUCAAAGACUUGAUCAAGGUGGCCGUCAAGGUGGCCGUGCUGCACCGCAGCGGCUGCUUCAGUCCCGGGGAGCUGGCUCUGGCCACGCGCUUCCGCCAGAAGCUGCGGCAGGGCGCCAUGACGGCCCUCAGCUUCGGCGAGGUGGACUUCACCUUCGAGGCCGCCGUGCUGGCGGGCCUGCUCACCGAGUGCCGGGACAUUCUCUUGGAGCUGGUGGAGCGCCACCUCACCCCCAAGUCCCACGACCGCAUCCGGCACGUGUUCGACCACUACGCCGACCCGGACCUGCUGGCUGCCCUCUACGGGCCCGACUUCGCUCAGCACCUCGGCAAGAUCUGCGACGGGCUCCGCAGGCUGCUGGACGAGGGCAAGCUCUGAGGGCCCCGGCCCGGCCGGCACACCGGACUUCGGCAAAGUGACGGACCGGGCUUUCUAACCCUGCGCAAGUGCUUCUCGAUCCCCUGGCUUCGUUCUCUCCCGCGAGGGACGCUGACACGAGGUCACCCCCACCCCCAAACAGCUGGCGGAGAAGUGAGCCUGCGGAGAAGGAGCCUGCGGAGCUGAGCGAGGCGCCUCUCCCAUCCAGGGUCAGCAAAGGAAACAGCUGAUUGAGGAAGAUGAAGUGAAACUCGGGUCUGCUGCUCCCGGGAGGACUGCCCGGAACGGGAUCCUCCUCCUCCUCCUCCACAAACCCAAGGAAGGGGCACUGGGGGCCAGGGGCAGGAAGCUGGCCGUCGGAAGCCCCCGAGAUCUAGAGCUGGACACAUCCCGGAGGCCGUGCUCCAGAGUUCCUAGAGGGGCCGGGGGAGGGGAGACACGGGAAAUAAAACCACUCAAACAUG